AUGUCUAACCCAGCUGUUGGCUUUGUCGGCCUGGGAGCCAUGGGUUUUGGCAUGGCCACCCACCUGGUGAAGCAGGGCUACCCCGUCCACGGCUUCGAUGUCUUCCCUGCUUCGGUUGAUCGCUUCAAGACCGCCGGUGGAAUUCCGGCUUCCUCGCUGCAGGACUCUGCAAAGGAUAAGCAAUACUAUAUCUGUAUGGUCGCAUCAGCGCCGCAGGCUCAGUCUGUUCUCUUCGGCGAGAAUGGCAUUGUUGCUGUUCUCCCCCAAAAUGCGACCCUCCUCCUCUGCUCCACUGUUCCAGCUUCUUAUGCCCAGUCUGUCGCUGCUGAGCUGCAGUCGCUCGGUCGCGGGGACAUCCAAUUCAUUGAUGCCCCCGUUUCCGGUGGUGCUAAGCGUGCUGCGGAUGGAACUCUGUCAAUCAUGGCUGGUGCGUCGGACUCUGCUCUGGAGAGUGGCCGGUUCCUACUCCAGGAGAUGUCUGAUUCCGAUAAGCUGUAUCUGGUGCCCGGCGGCAUUGGUGCUGGAAGCAACAUGAAGAUGGUCCACCAGGUGCUGGCUGGUAUUCACAUUUUGGGUGCUAGUGAGGCCCAAGGCUUUGCUGCACAGUUAGGAUUGGAUGCUACUAAGACCGCUGAGGCGAUCAAGUUAUCCGACUCUCAUACCUGGAUGCAUGAGAACCGUUUACAGCGUAUGUUGGAGGAGGACUGGUACCCUGGUGCUAGUGCUCUGACUAUUAUUUUAAAGGAUGUGGGCAUCAUCACCACUUCUGCCCGUCAGAACCAAUUUCCUACCCCUCUCUGCUCAACGGCAGAGCAAGUCUACCUUUCCGCUCUCCUACAGGAAUAUGGCCCUGUCGAUGAUUCCUCGAUGGUCCGCCAAUACUACAAGGAGCCCAUUACGAAGGUGUCCUCCACCAAGUCCGCCGAAGAGACCGCCGAGGCUUUGCAGUUGGUCCUUGAUGUGAUGGAGUUGACCAAUCUUGUCGCCGCUGCUGAAGCCAUUGGCUUUGCGCGCCACCUGAAUGUGGAACUCAAGCAGUUCUUUACUCUUGUCAGUGAUGCCGCAGGUGCCAGUCGUCAAUUCAUGACCAAGGGCCUAGAAAUUAUCGAAGGCAAAAUCGGGGAGAACUCCGAAUCUCUCAAUGACGCUAUCACUCGCCUGGAGAAGGGUGUACAAAAGGCCAGAGACCUUCACUGCCCGCUACAUCUAGGAAACGCGGCGUUGAAUCAGCUUUUCAUGGCGAAGAGGCAUGGUCUUGGUGCGGAGGGCAGUACUAGUGUGAUCAAGACUUUUGGCAGAUAG